UUAUAAUCUGUCAGUUUUUUUUUCCCGCCGUUCCAGAUGCGUGAAACUCGACUUGUUUCGAACUAGAACAGACUUUUCUUGCUGUUGCCGUGAUGUGGACGACGCCGAAGCGGACGCGGUCGGAGGCGAGCGAAGACGCGGAGGUCGCGGUGAACGUGGGCGGCUCGAGACACGUCCUGUGCGCCAGCCUGCUCGAGCGCUUCCCCGCCACGCGCCUCGCGCACCUCGCCGAGCGCGCCGCCGAGAGCUCGUGCGACCUGUCGCGAUUCUGCGACGACUACGACGCCGCGACGCACGAGUUCUUCUUCGACCGCGACCCGGACGCGUUCCGGUGCAUCGCCGAGGUCUAUCAGUACGGCGAGGUGCACAUGGCCAAGGGCACGUGCCCGGUGCGCUUCAGCAAGGAGAUGGAGUUCUGGGGAGUGGACAUGGACCUGCUGGACGACUGCUGCAAGAGCAACCUGAAGGAGGCAGAGGAAGAGCUGUCUGAGAUCGCCGAGAAGGUCCGCACCAUUCUGGACGACAUGGAAGGAAGCCCUGCCAGUGGAAGGUGCAGGGCGUUCCUGUGGAGGCUCAUGGAGAAACCCGAGUCGUCCUGGGGUGCACGCACCGUUGCGCUCCUUUCCUUCAUGUUCGUGCUCCUUUCGUCUGUGGUGAUGUGUGUGGGCACCGUCCCUGAGCUGCAUGAGCAGGACGUUGAUGGAAAUCGAAUCGAGAAUCCCAGUCUGGAAGCUAUAGAGACAGCCUGCAUCGUUUGGUUCACUCUGGAGUAUGUGCUCCGGUUAGCUGCGGCGCCCAGCAAGUUGCAUUUCGCCUUCUCCUUUAUGAACGUGGUAGACUUAUUAGCGAUUGCGCCUUUCUACGUGCUUCUGGUGCUGUCAUACCUUGGCACUGCUGUGAUGCAGCUGGGCACCGUGCAGCAGGCCGUGCAGGCACUGCGCGUCAUGCGCGUGGCACGCGUGCUUAAGCUGGCGCGCCACUCUUCAGGCCUUCAGACUCUCACCUACGCGCUCAGGAGUAGCUGCAAGGAGCUCGGCCUGCUGCUCAUGUACAUGGGCAUAGGCAUCUUCUUGUUCUCUGCACUCGGCUACACGUUGGAGCAGAGCCACCCGGAGACCAUGUUCACCAGCAUCCCGCAGUCCUUCUGGUGGGCCAUAAUUACUAUGACCACAGUGGGCUAUGGUGAUAUCUACCCCAAGACCACACUGGGCCGGUGCAAUGCCGCCGUCAGCUUCCUGUGUGGUGUCAUCGCCAUUGCACUGCCCAUACACCCCAUCAUCAACAACUUUGUCAUCUUUUACAGCAAGCAACGUGUGCUCGAAACUGCCGCGAAGCAUGAGAUAGAGCUCAUGGCGCUGCGUUCCAAGGAAGGAGAGCCUGCUGCUUUGGAAAUCCAGAAGUCAAGUCUGUCGAUGGGCGAUCGAGUGGCAUGUGACAGUGCCAAUCUUACUUCACAAAGUGAUGGCCACAUUCCGCUACUAGAGGACACUGGACAGGACACAACGGCUCAGAAAUGCCCAAAAAGAGAUGACUAGUGGAGAGACUGCAGCAUUCUAUUUUGACACUGAAAUAUAUCAACUCAUUCAUGGAUCAUUUGGACCACAAUGUUAUUUUAUAGGCUAUGACUUAUAAAUCACUGCUUGCAUGGAAAUAAAGCUGAUUUUCCUUAUACUGAUGAAACCAAGCCAAACUUUACUUUUACAUGUUUAUCAGUCGAGGAUAAAUGUUGUGUUUGAUUAACAGCUUUACAGUGUUAAAUACCGUUCAACAAAAUAGCAUAUUAAUCUGAUAUUUAUUGAGCUGUUUUACAACAGAAUUGAUCAUUUCUUUACGUUAAGCUGUGUGAGGUAUCCAACACUUCAAAGUGCAAGACAAUCUGUUUUAAUGUAAGUGCUUUUACUUACAAAAGUACUCACCUGCUUGAGCUUUUUCCCCCUUUUUGUAGUGUUACAACACUGGAACUGAAAACAGGGGGAAAUCCAUUGAUUACAUACUGUACGCAUUCAAAUUUCCCAGUAUUCCUGGUGCUUUUCAGUUUUAGUUUUAAACACUACAAAAGAACUAACAAAAAAUCCUGAAUGUAUAACCAUAGAAUAAUGUGUAUAUAAAUGAAUAAGGUUUAUAUGCUGCCUUUUUUUUUUGGUAACUUACUGUAUCUGUUUAGACACCUGCCAGCUUGUGAAUUUCUAAAAAAGCAUGUAUGCUUAACCCUAAAUAUUAAACAAAUAAUUAAAAUGUCUUAAGUAUAAAACUUUUUAAGGAAUGAUUCAUCAAGUGUGUUAGUUUGUUAAAUUUUUUUGUUUAAUGCACUUCGUCAUCGUUGACCAUUCACU